AUGGUAAUUACUACAAAUCAUUGGAUUUCAUCUGAUAUUAAUAAUAAUAAUAAAACAAAAUAUUUAAUACAAUUUACUCAUGAUUAUUAUAAUUAUUCAGAUUUAUCACAAGAAUUUAAACCUGUGUGGAUUAGUUUAUCAUUGAUUAGUAUUAUUAUAUUCACUGUUGGUGGUAAUAGUCUUGUUUGCAUUGCUGUUAUACGUGAUAGAAGUUUACAAAAUACAACGAAUUAUUUUUUAACAUCACUUGCAUUUACUGAUUGUCUUGUUGCAUGUCUUGUUAUGCCAUUAGCUGUUACUAUUGAAUUUAUUGGACAUUUUCCAUUUGAUGCAUUAGCUUGUAAUGUUUGGUCGACAUUUGAUGUUUGUUGUUGUACAUCAUCAAUUUGGCAUAUGAGUGUUAUGUCACUUGAUCGUUAUCUUACAUUAAGAUAUCCAUUAAAAUAUGGACGACAUAAACGUCGAAGUUUAAUGGCAUAUAAAAUCAUAACAAUAUGGUUAAUAUCGUUUGCCAUAUGUUUACCAUUAUUUAUUCUUAGUCUUGUUGAUUCAUCAAAUGUAUUUGAUGAAAAAAGUCGUGGAUGUUUUCCAUCGAAUCGCAUAUUUAAACUGUAUGGUACAUUUGUUGCUUUUUUUAUACCAUUAAUUAUUAUGAUUGUAACAUAUGCACUAACAAUGUCUGCAUUACGACAAGCACAUACAACAAAAAAAAAACGUUAUAAAGGUCGAAAAAAAAUUCAUGCUGUUAUGAAUAUUGCUGCGAUGGCUGUUCGAUGGAAACGAGCUGUUAAUAAUGUUGAAAUAUCAUCAACUGAAAAACAACAACAACAACAACAACCAUCAAUUAUAUCUGAACAAGAAAUUCAACCAUUAAAUAAGAAAAUGCCUGUAAAUCAUGAACGAAGACGUGCAUCAUCAUUACGUACACAUGUCAAUUCACAAAAACCUCGAUUUACAUCAAGUCAACGUUUAAAUGAAUCUUUAAAAGCAUCAUCAUCAUCACCAUCACCAUCCAUUAAUUGGCAAGAACAGAGAGACAAAAAAUUAGAAUUAUUACCAGAAAAAUCCACUGAACAAUCAUCAGAUCAACAUUUAAAUCCAAAUUGUUCAAAUAAUAUACAGAUACAUACAAAACGUUCUCAUUCUUGUACACCAUUACUUGAUGUUGAACAUAUUCAUAAUAAUCAACGACGAAGUUCAUCUAUUCAUACACUUUUACAAAUUCGUCGAGAUUCAGCAAAAAUAAGUGAAGAAUUAGCUAAUUUAAGUGCUCAAUUAUCAGCAUCAAUGAAUAAUAAUGAAAAUAAUAAUAAUAAUAAUAAUAAUAAUAGAUCAAUAAGUAAACGUCCUUCACUUUCUGUUCCACGAACAAUAGGUUUCGAUGAAUAUGAUACACCAACAAUAGAUCAAUUACUUGCAGAAACAAGUGUUAAUCAACCAAUUAUUAUUCAAACAUCAUUACUUACAGUUGCUCCAAAAAAACGUCAACGAUCACAUAGUGCUGAUAUUCGUUUACCAAUAUUUGAUUCAAAUGAUGAUAAAACAACAACAACAACAACAACAAUGAUAAAUUUACCAAUUCCAAAUGUUCUUGUUACACAUGAUAGUAUUUCAACAACUUCAAUAGAUAAUCUUCAACAAUCAACACCAUCAUUAACAUUUGAUAAAACAUGUCAACGCAUUAAAGAUUGGAUUACAGUUACAACAUCAUCAACAGCUCUUAAUAUUGAUCAUAAUUCAACAAUACCAAUACGUUGUACAUCAGCUAUUCAUAUUACAGAAAAUACACCAAUGUUAAUAAAAAAUCAAUAUUAUCCAGAAUUUACUAAUCUUAAACGAUAUGAUACCGGUAUUGAACAAUUAUAUGGACAAACAACAGCACCAAAUUUUCUAUCACGUCCUCAACAACUUUUACUUGUUGAUGAUCAUGUUUCAUCAGCUCAAAAUUUUGCUUCUCUUCAACGUAAUAGUAUUGGUUCAAUAGCAUCAUCAAUGUUAAAAGCUCGUCUUCUUCGAAAUAAUCGACCAAGUACAACAUCAUCAAUUGGUUCAUCAUCUUUACAAGGUAUAAAACGUCAACGUCCACCACGUCUUAUUGAUGGAAUGUCACAAACUAGUUUUCAAAUGGUUUCAUUAGAUACUGAAGAUACAUCAUCAUGUACAUCAAGUCUUACUCAACAUUCAAUUCCUAUACAAUCAGCAAUGGCAGGAACCAAUGGUUCAGUAUCAUCUACUACACAUAAAAGACGUCAAAGAUUUAAAGAUUUAGCUAAAAGUUCUAUAGGUAAUGAACGUAAAGCCAUGCGUGUAUUACUUAUUAUUUUUUCAAUAUUUGUUAUAUUAUGGACACCAUUUUUUGUUAUUAAUCUUCUUUCAUGUUUUACAACGAAUAUUCAUCCAAUUUUAAUAUCAAUUACAACAUGGCUUGGUUAUUGUUCAUCAUGUGCAAAUCCAAUUAUAUAUACUAUAUUUAGUCGAGCUUUUCGUCGAGCUUUUGUUAAUACGUUAACAUGUCGAAAAGUAAUUCAUUCACAUCGUCCAUCAUGUCAUUCAAUGGUUAGGUCAACUGGACGAAAAUUUUCAUCACUUAAGAAAGGACAAAUCGAUCAAUGUUAA